AUGACGGAAGUGCGCGAGAAAGACGGAAUCUUUGGCGAGCCUGAUUCCUUCAAGCUCGGCCAAGAUGUCGACAUUGAACAACGACGCAACUCGACCACCGUCCAUGGUCGCAAGAUGAGUCGGAUUGGUCCUCCGCCAAAAACGGGUUCGUUGGCUGGUAUCGACCCGGAUUCGGUAGAUGAAUAUGGAAAAUUGGUCGAGAUGGAGGCCAAUGAUGCCAUCAAAUAUAGGACUUGUUCCUGGCAAAAGACGGCUGCGUUACUCUUCUCUGAGUACAUCUGUUUGGCCAUCAUGUCGUUCCCUUAUUCGUAUUCUGUUCUCGGCCUAGUUCCUGGUAUCAUCUUAACUGUAGUUCAAGCGGCAUUCGUUCUCUAUACUUCUCUCGUCGUCUGGGAAUUUUGUUUGCGUCAUCCCGAGACCAAAGAUGUCUGUGAUAUCGGACAAAUGCUCUUCUGGAAUUCGAAAUGGGCCUGGUACUUCACCGCCGUCAUGUUCCUGCUAAACAACACAUUCAUUCAAGGUCUCCAUGUCUUGGUCAUUUCGCGGUACUUGAACACCAUGAGCGGUCACAGCAUCUGCACGGUUGGUUUUGCGGCCAUUGGUGCUGUAGCUUCAUGGCUGUGCUCCAUGCCACGAACAUUCCACGCGCUCUCCAAGCUCGCCGCACUGUCUGCCUUUUUCACAUUCAUUAGUGUAAUUCUCGCCGCUGCUUUCGCCGGCGCCGAAGGCAAACACGGCACCGCCGGAUACAACCCUGAUCCGAACCACAUCAACGCGGCGGGAAAGAAUAUCGGCGGCGAGCCACUGGUGCUGGCCGUCCCGCUCGCUGGCACCACCUUCGUCUCCGGAAUGAACGCUUUCCUCAACAUCAGCUACACAUUCAUUGGCCAGAUCACACUGCCCAGUUUCAUUGCCGAGAUGAAGAACCCCUAUGAUUUCAGGAAAGCUCUGUGGCUCGUCACAAUGUGCGAGAUUAUCCUUUUCAGCUUGGUGGGUGGUAUUGUCUACGGUUACACCGGCACUCAGUACAACACCGCCCCGGCUUUUGGCAGUCUAGGCAACGAUGUGUACAAAAAGGUUUCCUUCUCCUUCAUGGUCCCCACCCUCAUUUUUCUGGGAGUUCUGUACGCUUCGGUGUCUGCACGGUUCAUCUUCUUCCGCGUGUUUGACGGCACGAAGCAUAAAACCAGCCAUACGGUUGUCGGCUGGGUCUCGUGGGCAGGGAUACUGGCUGUCACCUGGAUCGUCGCCUUUAUAAUCGCCGAAGUCAUUCCGUUUUUUGCAGAUCUCUUGUCUCUUAUGAGUAGCCUUUUCGAUUCCUUUUUCGGGUGGAUCUUUUGGGGCGUUGCGUAUCUUCGCAUGCGCAACGCGGAUCUGGGCCCCCAGUUUUACCAGAAACGUGGUGUUCGUGGGUGGAUUGGGUUCUUGAUGAAUAUUUUCAUCAUCAUUGUGGGGAUUUAUUUCCUUGGUGUUGGUACCUAUGCUUCCGUCGACAGUAUCAUUCUUGACUACGAGGCAGGAAACGUCAAGGGUGUCUUCACAUGUGCGGACAACUCGUUGUGA